UUGUGAUUUGUAAAUAUCUAAGAUAAAAGUGUAUUUUAGAAUAAGAAAUAUAAUUACAAAGUCAUUUUAUUUUACUAAUUUAUUAUACUGGCAACCCACAAUCAUUAUUGUAUUUUAUUUUUACCGGAAGUUGUGGUUGUGAUUUGUAAAUUUUUAACAAAUAAAAUAUUAUUUAGAAUAAGAAAUAUAUUUUAUAUAAUUAUAAUCGCAUAUUAAUUUUUAAAUGAUGUUCACAUUAAUUGUUGUAUUUAAUCUUCACCGGAAGUUGAAAUGCAUUUAAAAUGUCAAUUUAUACAGGAAGUGUGUCUUCUUUAUAUUGGCGGGAAAGGUAUUACAAUAUUUUCAACCAGAAUAGUAUUUUAAAUUAAAUUGUACAUAAGUGGAAAGGGUUGAAAAUAUUUAUACUUUAAUAGUUUGUAUGUUGUUAUGUAUUUCGAAUAUUUUUAAGGAAGUUCUGUAAAAAUAAAACAAUAAGUGUAUUGAUUACUGCUGCUUUCUUGUUCAGUAGAUUGUAAGUUCAGGCAGUUGAGAUUGUGAAUUCGAAGCGUCGACAUCAAGAAGUAAUAAUCUUGUAGUCUUAUUUCGAUUGUAGAAGAAUAGUAAUUAAAGUAUUUAUUCUCAACUCUGAUUUUAUUUCAAAUCAGAAGUGCUAAGACCCACGAGCCAUGGCUGAGAGCAACCGUCAUCGAGCCGAAGAGUCCACUCCAGAGCGACCUAGUCGGCGUCGCCGUAGAUCAUCAUCGAGUGAAUCUGGGUCACCUGUACUACCCGCAAAAGUCAAGCGAUCAUCAAAAAGUCUGACAGCCGGUGACCUGUUGAAAAUCAUCACUGCGCUACAGGAUGGCUCAAGUAAGAACAUGAAUACCACAAAUGUUGUCCCAGAGUUUGACCCUAAUAAUAGGUCACAAGACGUUGAGCGAUGGUUGAGAAAAGUAAAUGAAUGUGCCGCUAUUUACAAUUGGGAUGAGAAACAGAUUAUCCACUAUUCAUUGCAAAAGUUGGCUGGUUUAGCCAAGAAAUGGUACGAGUCUCUUCCUACGCUCAACUUCUCGUGGCAAGAAUGGCAAUGUAAAAUGAAAAAGGCUUUCCCGAGUGAAGAAAACUUUGGAAAGCUAUUAGAGGAAAUGUUAAACCGCAAGUCUCGUUCUGACGAAACACUCCGUGACUAUUUUUAUGAUAAGCUGUCAUUAUUGAGUAGGUGUGAAAUAAGUGGACGCAAAGCAGUUGACUGUAUCAUUUAUGGAAUUGCUGACGUUUCUGUGCGUAAUGGAGCACAAGCUCUCAAAUGUAGUGAACCAGAGGAUUUGUUGAAUUACUUGGCUUCGCAGCAAAUUAAUCAAACAAAAGAAAAUCCACGUCAUCUUUCCUCUUCUAACAAUAACGCUUUUCGAAAACGUGAUUUUCGCACUAGUUUCAACGGACAAAAUAGGAAUUCCCCUGCAAAUAGGGGAAAUGAUGUUACAUGUUUUAACUGCCAAGAACGCGGACACUCUUACAUAAAUUGUUCAAAACCCAUAGUCAAAUGCGUUAAAUGUGGCAGGGUAGGGCAUAACUUUGACAAUUGCUAUAAAAAACCUCUUCUUACACAUAACACUAACAGCCAAAGUGAACAGCCUUCUGACAAAAAGGUCUUAAAAAUAACCUCCGCGAACUUGAACAUUGAUCUUUUAGAGAGCUGUCCAGUGGACAAUCAAAAGGCUUCAACAAUAGACCCUCAGCUGAGCAGUUCAGCUAGUCAGGUUCCAGCUGUUGUUAACAAUAAAUACUUUAAAAAAAUUUGUGUUAACGACCAACCGUAUGAUGCAUUUAUCGAUUUUGGAAGCGACUGCAGCCUUGUUAAAUCUUCAGUUGCUAAAUCACUUGGUUUAACCAAAAGUUUCGAUAACUUGCCUAUUGUGAGGGGAUUUGGAAAUUCCAUUAUUGAACCGGAAUUUCGGUCAACAAUUCUAGUAAAAUAG